UCAGGCCAGUCACUAGAGUAACAGUCCAUAGAUGAACAAAUGAAAUCGUGGUUUUUUGAACUGUUUCCUGCAAGCCCAAAUCCAAAUGGUGGCAGCAUCCUCAUGGUUACAGUCACUGUUGUCUCAAUCCAAGCUCUUAUUUUCCUCUCAACGCCUUCGAAAAUAUGUUCAAGUGAAAGGUUGCACAUGGACUGUUGUUCUGAGAAAGCUCUGUCUAUUUGCUCCUCAUAAUUUGAAGAGUAUCUCUGCGUUUUGGUUUAAAGAACUCUCUUUUGUGACAAAUUGUGCUGCCUUCUGGGUGAUCUUCUAUUUCUUCUAGAUGAUCAUAUGAAGACUACCCCUGAACAUCAAUGUUUCUUGUUAGGGUUUGCCUUAAGUGAUUUCCUGACAGGAGCUAAAACUGGCCAGAAGUCAGUCAAAGACUCAUUUCAAGCGAAUGAAGAUGGAGUAAGAAUGAAGUGUUUGACAGAUCUUGAUGAUGUUGAGAAGAUCAUAGGAUACAAAUUUAUCAAUAAGACCUUACUUAAUCAGGCCUUUACACAUCCAUCAUAUAACAAGGGUUGUGCAUCGUAUGAGCGGCUUGAGUACGUGGGUGAUUCAGUGCUUAAUCUAUUAAUAGCAAAACAGCAAUUUUCUCUUUAUCCUGAUCUUCCACCUGGAUGUUUGACCCCACUUCGUGCUGCAAAUGUUGACACAGAGAAGCUUGCACGUGUGGCUGUCAAGCAUAAUUUACAUAAAUAUUUACGUCAUGGGAAGCCGGCUCUUGAGAGACGAAUUCAAAGAUUUAUGGAGGUGCUUCCGAAAUAUCCUUUGCAUUCCCAUGGGUUGAUUGAUGCUCCAAAAGUGCUAGCUGAUGUUGUUGAAUCGACAAUAGGAGCUGUGUUCAUUGACAGCAAUACUUGUAUAGACACUACAUGGGAGGUAACCAGCAUUUUACUGGACCCAAUAAUCACACCAGAGAUGCUCCAGAUUAACCCUGUGAAGAAACUGUAUGAGCUGUGCCAGAAGUAUAAACUUACUGUUCGACUUGUGGAUCUUUGGUCUAAAGAAGGAGCCUUUGAGGUUUUUGUUAACAACCAUCUCAGAGGAAGAGGUCAUUGCCAUGCAAAGAAGGAAAUUGCAUUGAACAGAGCAGCAAAUGCUGCAUAUAAUGAGGUCCUUAGAAUCUUGAGGGUAGAAGAUAUUAACACGGUGUAGCAGGUAGGUAGAUUCUCAAAAAAUCUGUGCAUAAAAACUUCUCAAUCAUCUUCGGCACAAAAGGGAUUAACAGGGGUGGUAGCAGCUAGGUAGAUGCUCACAAAAUCUGGUUGUAAAACUUCUCAUUCUCCUUUUAGUCAGUUUGUACUAAAAGUUAUCGAGUAAAUUUUAUAUACACUGACAGUGUAUACACUAUUAUCAUUGGAUUCAUGAUAUGUGUGUAAAAGUUGAAUUUCAAAUUCAAAUUUUGCAUAGUUGUCAUUCAUCCAAUGCUGACAGUGUAUACACUGUCGGUGUAGGAAAGAUUAAUCCAAAGUUAUCUCCAUAUUAAUUGUUGCAACCAAAA